AUGCAGAACAACUUGUGUCUUUACCAAAAAAUCUACAACACCAAGCAAACGUUUGUCCAGGCAGGCACAUGUAGGUACGAUAACUGGGAUUACCGUUGGAUCUGGACCAACUUUGGACAACUCUUUAACUGGCAGACAUUGGAAUGUAUGGCAGGUGAUCUCCAUUCACGCGAUAAUUACAAAUAUUAUGUGACGAUGAAUAAAUGUGACAGAAAUAAUCAGAGACAAUUAUGGGAAUGUGUGGGUGAGAGGAUCAAGCAGACACAGUCAGGCAGAUACAUGUGCCACGGAGAACAUUUUGGAUAUGUGACAACAAAAAAAUAUUACUGGGGUUAUCGAUCAAAAUGGACGCGCUUUGGUUCCAAAAAAGAUGAUGUCUGUUCACAAGGUAUAGUCAGAUUCUGAAAUUUAACAAUGAAUUAAUAAAAUACCUCUUCAGGCAUUCAUGAGUGGACGUUUAGACACACUAUAGCGCCAAAUAAGGGAGUGGUCAUUAUUUAUGGGGUGGUAGGGGGUGGAUGAUUUUGAGGAGGGGUUACAAAAUUUGGAAAGUUGCUGAAGGAGGGGUUAUGUUGAUUCUUGACUUGAAGAAGGAGGGGUUACUAGAAAAAUAGUCUUAAAGGUUUUGAUAAAUAAUUAAAAACAAAACAAAAUAAUUAAUGCACAAACAAAAUAACUGAUACAUAAACAAACUUAACAAAUCGAAAUAAUUACUACACUGUAGAUAAUGAAUAUAUUGUGUUAUCACAUGCCAAGCUGUAAAAUAAACAACUUUAGUCUCAGCCCUUAUAUUAAAUUUAUAAAAUUCUAGUGCGCCAAUAAUAAUAACGUUGGUCUUGAUAAUUUUAAGUACAAGGUCAGUAGAAAACUUUGUGUUUCUGAAAUUGCAAUGAUAAAACUCAACGUUUAUUUUGUUUUGAAUUUAUGGAUAUACUUGUUCAAACGAUUUUCUUGAAGAGGGGUUCAAAUUUGUUUGAACGUGCGAAUGAGAGGGGUGGUGAAUUUCAACAAUUCCUCAAGAGAGGGGUUAUGGAAAAUUUUAGCUUGUGCCCCCCUACCACCCCAUAAAUGACCACUCCCUAAGCUAACGACAGUUUUUCUAGUGCAACGUCUAGCCCAAUAGUCUCAACGUUAAGAGAUUGGCAGAACUAACUUCCCAGCAAAGGGCCUUCGCUCGAACGUCGAAGUUUUACUUGUAUUUUUCAGAAAGUUGAAUCCCUAGAUAUCCAUCUCAAAUAAGGGACCGGUCAUUAUUUAUGGUGGGGGGUGGCACCGAAGAGAAAUGUUUUUCGUGGCAAAAAUUUUGCUUACCCAACCAUUAAAAAAUCAAAAAUUUGAUUACCCAACCUCAAGUAUCAUUUAAAAAAUAAAUACCCACCCCUGGCCAAAAACGUUACAAAAGGAUGUCAUUCAGUUGUCACACAUGACAGUCUCCUCGCAGACGUUCUUAGUAGUCCUUUACCACUUCUGUGAUACGUUUGAUAACGUUCGGCUUGUGAAUGUUUGAUAGUUUGAUAACGUUCGGCUUGUGAAAUUUACUGACUUUUCUGCAGUCUAAAGUUUCAUGUUGUCUGCACAUUUGCUUUCUUUGGAGACACCAUUUGUCUCCCAACAAAUCGGAAAAUGAUGAAGAUAUAGAUUGAUUCACAUAUUGUAUUGACAUAUGACUGUUGACUUUGAAGUUUUCAGUCUUCAAUAUUUGAGUGAGUCAUGCUUUGGAAUUGACAAUAAAUUUUUAUUACCCAACUUUUGAGUGGUUUUGUUUUUCACUUACCCAACCUUUUACUCACUCAAAAUUUUGUUUACCCAACCGUUUUCUCUUCGGUGCCACCCCCCGCCAUAAAUAAUGACCGGUCCCUAACACAAGUGCAUGUAACCUUUGUUCCAGCUAAAUUUACUAUAUUUUAAAUAUUAUUAUUUCCCGCCUAAAAUAUAAGUCCAUCAAAUUCCAUAGAACCCUUACCUUCGUUUAUCUGUACCACGAGAAUUAAGGUGACUCAUAUUUGCUAUACACUUUAAUUCCCUUGCAAACUUUUACCGCCUACAUACAGUGUGUCAAAAAAACGCUAUGGAAAUUCAACAGGCUGUCGUGCAUCAUAAACGUGGCUAAACAAUUCAAUUUUUACAUAGGACGAAAGAACAGUUAUUUAGUUUUUGAAUGAUACUCUUUUUAAAUCGUAACGAUGAGAAAUGGCCAUACUCGUCAAAUAAAAAUUGCCGGUCGAAAUCACAUUCUUCCACCGUUGGGAAUUGCAUGGAAAACGAAACAUAAACAAUUCCCAAAGAGGGAAUUGAAUGUUAAAUUAUCUAAAAUAAGCUCAACUCGUCAAUCUUCGUCUUAGUGAGAGCAUAAGAACGUCAUUGCAUUAAACAUGGUUCAAUUAACCCUGCAUGAACAGAGAACAUUCGUAAUCAAAACGUUUUACGAAACAAGUACCUUGCAGCAGACUCGCGGUGCUUUUGGAGUGAUUAACUUUGCAUAAUUAAUGUAGUUCCAAUUCCCAACGGUGGAAGAAUGUGAUUUCGACCGAAACUUUUUAUUUGACGAGUAUAUGGCCAAUUCUCAUCGUUACGGUUUAAGAAAUAUAUCAUAGAAAAGCUAAAUAACAGCUCUUUCGUCCUAUGUAAAAAUUGAAUUGUUUAGUUAAGUUUGUGAUGCACAACAGCCUGUUGAAUUACCAUAGCGUUUUUUUUAGACACCCUGUAUAUCGAAUUUAUAAAACAUCUUGACAAAAAAAUUGCACAUACCUUGAUUCCCUAUAUUUUCUUCUUAGCUGUAGGAUGUGAGACAUUCGCAGAUGGUUCGCCUCUCCUCAUCCUUGAUAAAACAAAAUGUGAAGACCAGUCAGACUGUUUGGGAAAUAAGGAAAUCAGUUUGAGCAAGACGAAAUGUAUCCUCUUGCCAAAUAAAACUCAAUAUUUACACAAUGAUACAUGGGAAACAUUGGAAAUGAAGAAUGGCAGUUUCGCAAUUACAGCGGACAAAGUAUCCCUCCCAAAUGCAGGUUUUUAUUUACAAUGGGAUUUGAGCAAAACUCCAAAAACCUGGGGAGGCCUAAUGGUUAAGGUACGAUUCGAGUGUGAGGAUCCAAGUGCUGCAACGAUUCGUAAAACUGAACACUGCGUCGUAAUUAAAUACACCGGAACUUUUAAAGGUAAGCAUCAAUCCACAAAUUUUUUCAUAUGAAAGUAUGUAGUCUCCUCACGAUUAUAGUGAAUAGCAUUUAUAUCGGUAGUUCUGUCUAAAUAGUUGCUCUCUUACGAUCUCCAAUGUUUACUAGAGGGGCAAACAGGACUACCUAUAAGAAAACAUACAUGGUAUCUGGUAAUGUAUCAAACUGUAACUAGUCUACCCUGUAAUCGAGGCGAGAAUAUUUAAUCACUUAUAACAGCAUAUUGCAGCAAUGGACCCCUGGUUAUACAUGUUAUAAUGCACUAACCACUGUGCAAGAUUUUGUGUGAAUAGCAAAGGAUCUUCAUUGCUACUAUGCCUUGUACAAAACAUAUAGCUCCAUUUUAAAUAGCUCCCUUCUGAGGCAAUAUAGACGUAAUUAUUUUUAAUAUAAUGUACCUAACCUAAUCCAACAGGUUUUCAUCAUGAUGGUGACGACGACGGUGAUGAUAAUGACGGUGAUGAUAAUGAUGGUGAUGAUAAUGAUGGUGACGAUAAUAAUGGUGAUAAUAAUGAUGGUGAUAAUGAUGGUGAUAAUAAUGAUGGUAAUGGUGGUGAUAAAACUAACAAAGACAAAACAGAUGCAGACCAAAAGAACAAUGGUGGUGAUAAAGACAACACUCAAACUAUAAUUAUAAUUGUCUGUGUGUUGGUCGUCCUUUUUUUAACUGGUGUCGUAGUGUUCGUUAUAUACAGAUACAGAAACAGGUAAGCUUCUCUAGAGGGUGCAGUAUAUCUGACCUGUCGCAUGGUACUAUAGUUCUGGUCAUUGUAUUAUAUAGUUUUUACAUUCAUCCUUUCUAGGAAAAGUAGUUAUACAAACCAUACCAGACAACAUAUACUGAUACACUGGGAUUACAUGCCGAUGUUGUCAAUAAUAAAAAAAUGGACAAGUAAACCAUGGCUGAGUCAAUGGAAAACCAACCCAAUUAGCGUAAUAAAAUUCCAAAGCUGCAGAUUUCGUAGAAACUAUAUCACACACAAAAAUUAAGUCAGGUAUAAUUUGCCCGAUUGCACGGGAAAAAUAUUGGUAGUAAGUUUUUGGGCAUGAUAUUGUCCAGACGAUCAUUUGAAUGUAGCCGUACUAUACGUACGUUUUUGAAUUGUCACUUCAUUUCAAACUUUUUGUUCGUCGUAGGUUUGUCCGCUCCGGGAGAAGGAAGGCCGAAAGACAAGGUAUAAUUUUAAUUUGUUUCUGUUAAUUUUUUUAAAAAUUCUCUUUGUUUGUAAGAGACGUUGUCACUUUAACUAGCCUUGUAAAAUGCACGAAUAAUUAAUAAGGCCACAAACAAAUCACGACGCGGUAUUUAGGUCAUAUGUGCACACUUGUAAACCGCAUUAAAGAUCAGAAAGUCGUGUUAGAGGGAUGUUUAUGAAAGUUAACUAUACCAAUGAGAAGCAUGGAUGUUUAUGAAAGUUAACAAUAUACUAAUUCAGGUUUUAAUGGCACGCUAAUUAAGCGUGAGAUUGUCCCCAUGAUGGGCAAAGUAAACAAAUAAAUUCAUUUUACAAGAUUUUAAAAUAUUCGCAACUGAUCUUUAUGGGCAUUUAACAAUGGCUCGCGCGUUGUAAAUGCCCAUAAAGAUCAGCUGCUCAUAUUUUAACUAGUACUUAAACAACUCAUUAAUGAUUCAUGAAGAAAAUACAAAAGAAAUUAAUGUUUAAUCAAUGUUUAUAAAUCGGAUAAAGAUUUGUCCGGAUUUACAUAAGCUUAAGCUUUGAUUUUCUCGGCUUAGACAACGUUUAUUUUAAAAAUUAUUUCGCCAAUGUAUAUCAGAUAAAGAUCGGCUACUCAUGUCUCAACUAGUACAUAAAACUUUGACAGACUACUUUUAAGUGAAAUAUUUGGAUGACUUGUUAAAAUGGUUUCAAUUCGCAUGCAACUAAUGCAUGUACCGGCAUGCACUCCACCAAUAUUUAAUGUUAUCCAAUUUUACAACUAUACAGAUGUGCCACCCAAACAAGAAUAUGCAGACGCUAUGAACCCACUCUAUCCAGCAAAUAACAACUAUUCGGGGCAAAGAGAAUGUGAACUUUACGAAUCAACUCCCGACAAUGUCUACCAAAAUGUAGGCACUGGCCAAAGAACCGCGGUUCCAUCACCUCAAAAUCUUACGUAUGACUAUGCUGUCGUUGAUGGUCCAUUGACCAAGAGUGAGCGAUCGAGUGUGGAACUUGCUGCUACACAUGGGAAAGAUACACCUUUGGAGGAUGAAGGACUUAGACAUGAUAAAGAGGAGCAGACAGGAGAGACAAAGGAUAUAACUCAAAGUACCAAACCGCCACCACCACAUAAGUACCAUGCUCUUGAAGGACCAUAACUGUUUAUACAAAGAGAAAAAGCUGCUUUAGCCUCAGAACUGUUCAAGUCCGUGAUGCCCUUUGCAUAAUUCUUAUAGCAGAACAACGUUCGCAAUUGCUGCAACUUGCAACAACAAAUGUUUACUGAGAUUGAGAAUUUUCACUAUUUAAAUUCGUCAAUUAUCAGAAAUAUUAAUAAUUUAACUCAACUUAUUUUAAGUAAUUAUUUUUACGCACGUUAGUUUAAUUGCAUGUUAUUUAAAAUGGAAACUUUGUAAAUAUUUGUAUAGGUGAUCGCAUGGGGCCGAGUAAAAUUAAGGUUUAACUUCACGCGUGUUUUCAAAGUUUCGCAGUUUCAAUUUGUGAAACAUUGAAAACACAAGUGAAAUUAAACCUUAAUUUUACGAGGAACUAUGUGAUUACUUGUUAAUCAUAGAGGGCAAAAUUUAUUCGUAAGUAAAUUGUGAACUUGUCAAGAUUCAAGUUCUUGAACCUCGUAUGUCUCCAUGUCUUCGCCGAUGUUUCCUAAUGCUGCCUUGCCUGCCCAUUUCUUAAAUACUCCAACCAAUAAAUUUGUACUUUUUCUAGUGUUCAAGUUUUCACUAGAAGUUUUUAAUUCUUCACUAACAUCAUUAUCCGCGACGACAAAGCGAGAAGCGCUUGUUAUCAUUGCUAUUCAAUUAAAACAAGAAACUUUCCGCGCUUGCGUCUCAGCCAAUCAGAUACAAGUAAUUUUGGCCUGAAUUAAGAAAAAAUGCCCUCCUCAUUAGCCAAUCAUAUUUGAGUAAUUUUGCCCUCUAUAUGAUUAUAAAAGAAAUUGCCAGUAGAUUUCAUGUACAGGUCACGUUGCCUUCUUAAUUUAAAUCGUCUAUUCCAAUCGACUCACUAACGUUAUUGUU